AUGUCUGAUCCACUCUCCGUCUUAGCAUCUGUUGCAGGUGUUGUUGCUGUCGGCGCCAAGCUUUCCCGCAUGCUCUACACAACUAUUAACCGUGUAGGAUCUGUUCCCCAGACGGUCGUUUCUCUCAGCAGGGAGCUGGAAACACUCUGCAAAGCGCUGGGCUAUCUCGAAACGAUAUUCCGAGACCAUGACCUCUCGGCCUAUCCACAGUUUCCAGCUGACCUGCUUCUGGAUCUUCUCGACUCAAUCAUGGUGGACUUUAAGAAUUUCGAGGAGAUUUUGUGUGUGCACGCCAAGCAACCAGGAGAGGGCCUUUGGCGGAGCGUGUAG